UCUGUGCAUCAUGACUGUGAAUGGCAGCAGAUUGUGGGUGUGAGACUCUUUGAAACCCACUUUCUUGGUUUCUUGGUUUCAGUCUUUCAGUCAGUCCCAGGAGACAUGGUUGGUCGUGGAUUUCAGUUUGAUUUUUCACACUUCAAAUGUACGUCCUGGGCAAGCCAUGCACAUCUUUUCAUCCUUGGUCUGAUUCUUGCUAACUACACUUCACUCUGCUCUCGUGUUCAACGACGUCCAGAGAACUGCUGGCAAAAGGAUGUUUUUUCCAAAUAUCAGCACUGUGGGCUUCACCCAGAUGGAGUCAAGUAUUUAGACUGUUUCGGUAAAUACAAAGAUCCUGGUACAAAAGACUGUGUGUGGACACCUGGAAACCACACAUCAGUUAAGACGUACACACUCAUCAUACAACAAGUAGAAAGGAAUUAUUGCAAAGCCUACAUCAACAUCACUGAGCUCUCAACCACCAUCAAGUUAUAUGAAAAAUUCAACAUGACUGUUGAGGUUUUCGAAAACAGCGAGUCAACUGAUUGCACAAAAGCAGUUUUCAGGGGUUCACCAGCGAGCCUGCUGCGAUGUGGUCCUCCGCAUCGUGUGUCCUUCAGCCGCCAGUCUGGAAAACUAGAUAUGAAUGUGAGCUGGAAAUCGGACGACAUAAGAGCCAUCAAGCAUUACUCUGUGAGAUAUAAGGCACUGGGCAGCCAGUUAUGGAGCCAGCCACCAGUGCAAUCCCAAGAUGGAGAGAGAUGCACAGUGGAGGAUCUGCAGGCUUCACUCGUCUAUGUUGUACAGAUACAGUGUGUCACUAAUAAUAAAUGCUCACAGUGCCUGUGGAGUGAAACCUACACUGUCCCACCAGAACUGACAGCACAGCCUGCCAUUGUGAACAGCGAAGAAACUGACGUCGCAGGGAAAAAAGGCCGCAGGCUGAUCUCUCUGACCUGGACGUUUCCUGCCAAAGAGCUGUAUGAUGGCUACUGUGUGACCAUUGGUAAGGCAUCAGGAGAGGCUCCGUGUGAGCGGCUGAACACCACUCAGCCUGAGAUCAGACUGAUUCUCUCCUAUUCAGCUUAUCACAUCCACAUCAGCGCUGUCAACAACGUCAGCAACUCACCAGCUGUGAGCCAGACAAUACCACAGCGAGAGGAUGUUUCCAGCGUCGCAGACGGGAAAGUGAACAUUACAGUCCACAGCAACACAUCUUUCACUGUCUACUGGAAAGAUGACCUCAUCAAAACCUACGUCUGCUACUCUGUGGAGUGGAGGAAAAAGGCGCAUGAAGCAGUGUCCAUGUCCUUCCACCAGAACACACACAACUACAGGACCUUAUCUCCUUUACCAGAACCUUUGGAGCCUUACAAGAGAUACAGCAUCACUCUGCACACACGGCCAAACAAAGACACGUGCAAUAUGAAGUAUGUCAACGACAGUGAGAGCACCUAUGGGACCACCCAGUUCUAUUUCACUGAAGGAUCUCCCGUGAGCGCCCCCAACAUCAGCAGCUACAACGUGACGCUGAAUUCAGUGGUGCUGCAGUGGCUGUCCAUCCCGGAGGAGGACAUCAGAGGUUUCCUCCUGGGCUACAUAAUCUACUACACCGAGUACCAACACGGGGGGACAAACACAGAGGGGAAUAUCACAGUGGAUCCAGAGUCUGACACCUAUGAACUGGGGGAUCUCCAGGAGGGCACAGCAUACCAGGUCCAGAUAUCAGCUUUCACUCAGGCUGGAGCAGGAGUGCGAAGCACAGCCUGCAUCUUUACAACAAAUCGUCAAGGAUAUUUUGAUGCUAAUCUAAGUGGUGUUAUCAUCAUCCUUGCUGUCGUGGCUGCCGUGCUGAUGUUUGGAUCUCCCAUAAUAAAAAGAGCAAAAGUCAUUCUGUGGCCGAGCAUACCAAACCCCGGAAAGAGCAAUGCAAUGCAGAAUAUUGAAGGACCCUGUGAAAUGGAACUCCUCGAGUGCUUCAGCACUCUGAAGGUAGAAGAGUGGGAUACAAAUAGUCUUCAGAUAGUUGAGAAAGAAGCUGUGGUGCUUCCCAGCAUUUUACCGUUAGUGCUGCCGCUUCUCCACAACUCAGAGGACGAGGGAGACUCCCCAGAAAUGACCUGCAACUGGAUCCACGGGGACACAGAGGACGCAACUGGAGACGUCCUGCCUGACGAUACUACAGAAACGAUCGCAAACGGGACACAGACAAACUUCCAGAGUUCGCCCUUUGCCUUCACAAGUGAAUAUACAACAAUGGAAAUGUUUCAUCAGGCGAUGCCUCAGGGCAUCUCAGCAAACACGGCCAUCACUGAGGCGACAGAAGGUGAUCCAGAGGACACACAGAUGACUGAGACGAAGUCAGAACAGGACUACGUGGGACAGUUUGGCACCAGUCCAAUCCUGGUCAGCGAGGAGAUGUCCAUGAUUUUGUGAAAACAUCUCGGAAUCUGACCUCAGAUCACGAAGAGUCCAAAUCAAAUGAGUCAGGUCAACUGUGUGGACUCACUGACACUUAAACUAUCGAUAGCAAUACUACAAGUACAUUUAGUUCCAUGUUUAUAUCGACUGCAGAAAGUACUGUUCAACGAAAACCUAUAGAGUUUAUUACACACAGUCCAGUUUAAGUGUCCUACCUCGCUACUAAAUGUACUUAUAUAUAUCUGCACUACUUGAACAGUUCGUUCUGUCCAUGCACAUCGUCUCUGCUCAUUUCUGUACAUUACAUUUCAUUCGUUGCUGAACAUGCAGUAUCUUAUUUCCAUGUGUAAAUGUGAAUACCUCAUGAAGUUAACACGACUGAAAGUGCUCUUAUUUAAAAGCCAUGACUGGUAACUGAAUGGCCCAAUAAACAUGAAUGUAUUAAUGCCAGCUUUGCAGUGCAGUUGUUUGACCCAGUCAUCAUUUUUUAUUGCUUGUAUGCAAGAAGGUU